AUGUCGAACCCUUUUGAAAAAGACUUCAACCAGGAUCCUUUCAAGGAGCAGGGAGUCGAAGAUAUCGACACCUACCUCCCGCCGACCAUCCUCGCGGUGAAUACCCCCGCAGAUCCGAUCAACACACGACCUCAGUCGGUAUACGGGGGCGCCGCGAUCGACGGGAUCCCCAACACCAGAGCGGAAAACUCCACCUCCGCGAAAGGCUUUGCGGAAAGCUCCCCGUCCUCGAUGCCUGCCGCGGCGGCAGCCCUUGACGCCCCCCCAGCCCCCCAGCAAGCGAUCAAGCCCACCUCGAAGUUCUGGACGAUAGAGUUUUAUCAGCAAUUCUUCGACAUCACCACCCAGCAGGUUCUGAUUCGCAUCAGCAACACAAUCGUACCGAUCAACCCCCCGGACUUUUUGAUGGAUCGCAACUGGCACUACUACACGGCGGGUGGGGAAGGUGGGGUGAACGCCCCGACGGAUGCGAUCCCGCAAGGGGAUCUCAUCGUGGAUGGGAUCCUACUCUCGCGAAAGCCGGAUUUGUACGGCCCCUUUUGGAUUUGCACAACGCUGUGGAUGAUGUUGGGGGUGGUGAGCAACAUCAUGAGCCGGAUCGCCUACACGCGGAGCUCCAAGAGCGCAUCAAAUAGCACCUGGACCUACGACUUCUCCGUCGCCACCGUUGCGUGUGUGCUGAUGUACGUGUACUGCUUUGUGUUCGGUGCGAUGGUGUGGGGGCUGAUGCACUGGAAGAAUCUUCCCGUCACGCUCACCGAUACCCUCUGUCUUUACGGUUACAGCAUGUUCAUCUUUAUCCUCGCCGCGCUGCUUUGCAUGCUUCCGGUCAGCAUGUUUCAAUGGAUUGUCGUCAUUUUCUGCGGGGUGUGGUCGACCUUCUUCCUUGUAAGCAAUUUUUGGUAUAUGUGGAAGAGGGCUCUUGAUCCAAAGUCGUUUCUUAUCAUCGUGGGGAUCGUUGGCGUCUUCCAUAUGGCCUUGAGUUUGUCAUUUAAGUUUUACUUUAUGAAUUAUUCCUAUUGA